AUGAAUGGACUUAAUGGCCAAAGGAGUGACGAGGAGUUCGAGAUUCCUGAACUUCCGUCUGGGAAGGUUCUUCGUCUAGAGCUGCUCUCAAAUUGGGGAGACGACACCUAUGUCGGACUAAAUGCUGUUGAGAUAUUUGAAGAAAAUGGAAAACGUCCUGAAGUGGCCAAGAUCUCUUCAAAUGCUCUGCGAUCCGUGGGUAGUGUUGAGUCGAUUUUCGUUGAAUCUUUCACAUGCACCGAUCAGGGAAAGAUGUGGAGAGCCGAACUUCAAGUCGACAGAACCGUUGUAAUUGAGAUCACCUUCACCGACGUGAUACGAUUAGCCAUGAUGCGUUUCUGGAACUACAGCGAGUCACGGGUGCAUGCUCAAAUGGGAGUGCGACAUUUGAGGGCCGAGCUAGACGAUGUCACCAUUUUUGAAGGGGAAAUCGACUGCGCAUUUACGGAUCAUGACCACGAACCUAUGGGAGAGACAAUCUUAUUUACAACGGAUGAAAGCAUUUUGGAAGCAAUCGCUGAGAACGACGUAUGUCUUGUUGGCAAUACGGUCAGCAAUUCUUCUACAAUGGAUAAUGCUGAACUGGCAUUGGGACUUACUCCUCAUCGUCCCGUCACUCGAGAAGCAGCUCCGUUGUUAAGGCCAGAAGCAGAGAGACCUGUCAGCGCAGCCACACCCGACGUGGAUGACGAGGAAUGUCCGGGAAGGGUGAAAAUGUUGCACUUGGAACUCUGUGAGAACUGGGGAUCACCAGGGCUGAUUGGACUAGCUGGAUUGGAGAUUCUCGGGAACAAAAAUACUUCAGUUGAUCCGAGCACUUUCACAAUCACCUCAAGUUCUCAGGGUGACCCACAAAAACUAAUCAACGGAAAGAACUUGACCAGAUCACCUGAAGACAUGUGGCUGAUUCAAUUUGACCCCAAACAGCACCCGACCAUCACGAUAAACUUUCACAAACCGAUAACUUUGACAGGUAUUUCGUUUUGGAACUAUAAUUCUUCGCCUGAAAUGUCGUAUGCGGGUGUUCGACUACUUCACAUUUUCAUCAACAGUCGUUUGGUUGCCAGUAACGUGCUGCUGAGAAAAGCACCAGGUUUCGUCUUCUUCGAUUUCGUACAAGACAUAAGCAUCGAUAGACCUCCCAGCAUGCGCCCUCUUAUGAGGCCAACAACACAUUCUGUUUACGGAUUCAUCUUCCAGCUUCAAUUGCUCAGCUCCUGGGGUGACGAGUUUUAUAUCGGACUAAAUGGCAUCGAAAUGUACGAUAGGAGGGAUGAAAGAAUCAAAGUCGGGCCGCAUAAUUUGGCUGCGUUUCCUGAAAGCGUUAACAUUCUGCCAUCUGUAGAAGGUGAUCCAAGAACUAGCAUGAAUUUGAUAGACGGCUGUAAUGACACUCAGAGGGCCGAGCACAUGUGGCUGACGCCGAUGCUGCCAAAUCGUUGUGCUCGUGUUUUCUUCGUUUUCGAUGUGCCAAUCGCUGUGUCAACGAUCGUGAUCUACAAUUACCGUAAGACCCCUGCAAGAGGAGUUCGGCAUAUUUCAGUUUCUGUGGACGAUCAAAUCGUGUACUCCGGUGAUGUGCCUGCCAGCACACCAGAAAAGACGGGAAUUCUUGAGAUUAAUUUUGCAGGCAUAUAAUUUCGGAAAAGGAUAUGCUAGAACUUAUUUCGGAGAAUAAUGUGUCAAAAACGUGAAGUAGUAUGUUCCUUCAGAAUCAAUAAUGUUUUGUAGCAUACAAUUUUGAGAGUAUGAUGUGACCAGGUAGCCAUUUACAGGUUUUAAUUUUACUCUUGCGUGAUCGAACCAACUGUGUGAUGUGUAAAGUAAUUUCAUGCAAGCUAUUCUUUCACAAUAAAAGACCAGAUAAUUAUUUUAUAACGGAGAUAAUAAAUUCUUAUA